UUUAGCCGUCUGUGCUUGUGCUGGCUUGACUACCGUACUGUUGACAUCACCGCCUCGCCCGCGCCGCGAAGCACACCACCCACGGCCCCGCGCGCCAUGGAGCAGCCGGACGCCCACGCCCACGGCGAUAGCCACGGCGACAGCCACGGCGACGGCGACGCCCAUGCUUCCGCCCAGCUCACCCAUCCGCUCCAUGUCCUCAGGCAGGCUGCGGGCGUCGGUGCCCUGGCCGCUGUCCCCGGCACGGCCAUUGGCGCCUUGUCCGGGACCCUGCGCACGCAGACGCCCAUCCUGUUUGCAGUCGCCUCGGGCAUGCAGUGCUUCGCGCUCGGCAGCACUUUCUGGACUGCGCGCAGCGCCAUUCUCAGCCACGACGGCGUCCUGAACUGGUGGAGGUCGACCCGCGGACAGCCCCUGCACGCUCGCCAGGACCUGCACCCAACUCGCUCGCAGCGGGUGCGCGCAUCGACCAUGGCCGGCGCCUUCACGGGUCUCAGCCUUGGCCUGCUCUUUCGAGGGCCGCGCAAUGCCGUCCCGGGGACCUUCAUGUUCGGCCUCUUCGGCUAUGCUGGCCAGAAGGGCUACAACUUCCUCGACGAGAAGAACACCGAGGAGCUCCAGGAGGAAGCCCGGCUCGCGGCCCGCGGAGAGAAGAAGAAGAACUUCAUGGAGCGCAUCGCCGAGAUGAAGUGGAGUCCCAUGGAAGCCCUGACCGACGAGCGCUACGACGCCAUCCUGCAGGAGCAGCUGCUGAAGAUUGAGGUCGAGAUUGCCCUCAUUGACGACCGGAUCGAGGGGUUCCGGCGCCAGGCAAAGGAGGAGGCGCUGAAAGCACACGAGGCAGCGAAGAAAACACAGGAGGCAGCGAAGAAGGCACAGUAGGCAGCGAAGAAGGCAUACGAGGCAGCGAAGAAAACACACGAGGCAGCGAAGAAAACACACAAAGCAGCGAAGAAAACACACGAAGCAGCGAAGAAAACACACGAGGCACAGCUGCAGGUCUAGCCACAGCAGCCACCAAAGCCUUGAGCAGCGUAAGCUACUUCCUCGUCGACUCUGUCAAACCAUCACUUCUUUCUGCACCCUGCAUCAUACUUGUACAAAGGCCGCUAUAUACCCAAUUCAUAACCCCAUUUAAGAGCCGAAUUCAUACCCCCAUCUAAGAGCCGAAUUCAUAACCCCAUUUAAGAGCCGAAUUCAUGCAAUGUCCAUCUCUUCCCUUGAC